AUGAGUCGCUUUAUGGAAGCACCCACGACAGAACAUUGGGCAGCUGUGAAACAAAUACUCAGGUACAUCAAAGGGACAACUAACUUCGGUUGUGUCUAUUUGAGAGAGAAGCGGAAGGAGAUGGUGGAGCUACUUGGCUACAGUGAUAGCGACUUGGCAGGAGAUAUUGACGACCGUAAAAGUACCUCGGGUGUGGCAUAUUUCUUGGGAAGAAGCAUAGUGAGUUGGCUAUCACAAAAGCAGAAGGUGAUUGCAUUAUCAUCCUGUGAAGCGGAGUAUAUUGCAGCUGCAACCGCGGCAGGUCAAGGUGUGUGGCUAGAAAGGCUACUCGGUGACCUCACUGACAAGGAACCGGAAGGAGUGGUGCUCUACGUUGACAACAAGUCCACGAUUGCUCUAUGUAAGAAUCCAGUGCAUCAUGAUAGAAGUAAGCACAUUGAUAUAAGGUAUCACUACAUACGGGAUUGCGUGAAAGAAGGCAAGAUUGAAGUCAACUACAUUUGCAUCGAUGAUCAGCUUGCAGAUAUCCUGACCAAGUCUUUGGGGCGACAGAAGUUCACGGAGAUGCGGGGAAGGAUCGGCGUCCAAGCUGUGAAGUGA